GGCUCGUUUCAGCAAGUGUUAACUUGUUGUUGAUACCAUAUCUUGUGUUUAGGUGUUUUGACCGAUUUUCAUGUCAAUGCUAAUAUGGCAUAAUAUUCACUAGCUAGCUAACAACAACUCCAACGAUGUAUUUGAGAUACAAAAAGUGCUCAUUGUGCAAAUGUGUUUUGUUUUCAAUAAACAUUUGGAGACUAAAUAUAGUUUACAUUUCAACAAUCUCAGCCAACCCCGUCUUUUUUGCUUCAUAGUUGUGCAGGGGUCGUUUUCUUUUGCUAGCCCAAAGGCCAGCAGAUGGCGAUAUUGAGACGUUUCAUAUUCAAAUCAAACGUUUUCGUCACAUGCGCUGAAUACAACAGGUGUAGUAGACCUUACAGUGAAAUGCUUACUUACAAGCCCCUAACCAACAAUGCAGUUUAAAAAUACAAAUAAGAAAUAAAAGUAACAAGUAGUUAUAGAGCAGCAGUAAAAUAACAAUAGCGAGGCUAUAUACAAGGGGGUACCGGUAAUGAGUCAAUGUGCGGGGGUUAGUCGAGGUAAUAUGUACAUGUAGGUAGAGUUAUUAAAGUGACUAUGCAUAGAUAAUAACAGAGUAGCAGCGGUGUAAAAAGAGGAGGGGGGCAAUGCAAAUCGUCUGGGCAGUUGUUUUGGACUCCCCAGCUAGCACAGUGGAUCUGGGCCGAUUCUGCCUGAGAGUCAGACUCGGCUGACGUCAUAUGGCCCGAGUCUGGGCCGCCUUUGGCAGUAUUACUUAUGGAAAGGAUGCGGGGUUAUCUGGCUCAAAUGUAUAUAUUACUUGGGACUCGGACCGAUUUGGGCUAUUCUCUGGUAGAUGAUUACAUGGGCUGCUUUAUAUAAUUAACAUUUCAUUUAUUUUUCCAUAUUUUAUAAUUGUUUCUGUGAAAAAAGUACAAUUAACAUUUAAAUGAAAUUCUUUAAGAGUCCUGUGUAAUAUUUGGAUACUUUGCAAGGCAAAAAGUGUGGAUGGAGCCUCCCGAGUGGCGCAGCGGUCUAAGACACUGCAUCACAGUGCAAACUGCUUGCUACAGAUGCUGGUUCGGGACCCGUGCCGGCUGCGACCAGGAGACUCAUAAGGCAACGCACAAUUAGCCCAGUGUCGUCCGAGUUAGGGGAGGGUUCUGGUAAGAUGCUGGCAAUGUUGGCUGAAUUCCUGUAGACAGAAACGGCCCGUAGUACUUGCAAAGUGAUCACAUAACCAGCUAAGGAACAUUAUAACACAUCACCACGUUACAAUGUCAAUUGAAUAUCAUUAAAUGUCUUCAUAUUCAGCAUAUUCUGGGCUGAUUCUGGGCAGUCAUUCAUUUUGAUCCUGGCCUCCUGGAAGAGGGCCGCUUCUGGGUCGAUUCCUCUUUGCUAGCUGGGGCAGCAUGAGUUCAUAAAAGGGUUGGCUGACAACGUUACGAAAAUGAUCUGCCCGCAUUGAUGUUGCCCAGAAGCCGUGCGUUAUUAUUACAGUCCAAAGGGAAUCCAUGCAACCGGUUAUAUACUCAUAUACCCUGUGGACCGGUCCGUACAUAAAACAUUCACCAUUCAGUCUGCAAAGGUGUUGAGUUCCUCCUUAACUUCAUUAAAUAGCGAGAAGGCAGAAAACAAAGUGGGAGUAUAUGCAUACUUUCUUUAUGACACACCAUUUUCCACCACUAUGCUAGAGUGGCUAAAUGCUAGUCCCGGAUGUGGCGUUCAGCCGAUCAGGUUGCAGCAAUCUUGUUUUUUUUACGCUUGCUCUGAACAAAUGACUAUAUGAUCACGUGACACCAUUAAUUCCUCUGUGAAGACUCUUUGAAACCAAAUUAAGUCGGUUAAAAGGUAGCCUCAGCGAUAUGACGCAGAUGCAGAAAGUAAACAUAAUAGUGGGUCAGUUUCCACAACAAUUAAGCGUGUUGAAAUAGAGCUAUGCUACCCAACCCGAGCCCAAUGGGCCCUGACAUUACACAUCGGGUUAGGUAACACCGAAUUGAUCAGUAACAUUUUGAAGCUGAGCCAUUUGCUUGUUCUCUACUGUGCACUACAGUCAUAUCUGACUAAGAUCAUAACAUGGUGCCUCAACCUCAUCAAAUAUAAAACAGGUGAGAUUAUGAAAAAAAUAAAGUUUUGUCAGAUUUUAGUGACAAAGUAGCUAACAGCUAAGUGCUCUCAUGUCUCUUUAUUGAGCAGAGCAGCCCAAGUGGAGCCGUUGCUAUGGAUACACACAGACUCAGAGCCGCCAGCGGAGCGCAUGCAGAGCGAGCUGUGCGCAGGGAGUGAGUGAUAAACAGAGAGGAGCAGCUAAUGGGUUUACUAACAGAGUAAGUUAUUUCUGAUUUGGGGUUUCGGUCAAGGCCUGGCCUUACAUUUGGGGGGAAGCAGUCAUACCUGGGUAGGGUCUGAACAUUGCGUGCAUGGGUAGGGCUUAAAAUUCAUGCCUUUGCUGUGCUCUACCUUGGCGCUCGGGGCUCAAUUUCUCCACUGUUUUGGUGCUCUGGCUACCAUGCUGUGAACAGCGUGAAGCGAAUCCGUGCACAUGCGCAGAUACUGUGUGAGAGCGAAGUCUUGCAUCUCUCUCAUCUGCGGUGCUGCUCGUGACAACCAUUGAGUCUACCUUUUUAAGAUGGCAUCUCAUGUAGACAACAUACGCAGUUUGAGCUACUCCGGGAAGUGACAUUGCAGGCUAGCUCAAUACCCCCCUCCCAUCGAGUAACUCAAGUUGAAGGCCACCUGGGUACUGCAGGCUGCCAUUAGCAACUCAAAUAUCCUUAUCUUAUUCUGUGUUCUGUUUUUGAUGUUUAAAUAAUCAGUUCCAGGAAGUACAUCUGCUGUAUUAGAAGCAAUUAUUGGUACCAUGAUUGGUUCAAAACAUUUUCUUAUUUACGCGAAGAUUGACCACGAAGAUCACAGUUUUUCAAUUCACUAUACUGUUUUCUGCUAACAAUGCGUGCAGUUGCGCGGUCAGCCAUGAACCUCUGUGGCUUAAUGAGAGGGGGAAGUUGUUCUCCCCUGGUCUGAAUGCUGUGCCUAAUGUCAGGAAGUAGCAUUAGCCACCACAGCAUGGUGUUGAAAAAGGUGUUUCAUAAAGAAAGCAUAUCCCCCCCCCCCCCCGCCUACUCGCCAUUAAAUCCAGUUAAGGAGGAAAUGUACGCUUUUGCAGCCCGAAUGGAGAAUGUUUUCUGGACGAACCAGUCCAUGUAUAGCCGGCUGCAUGGAUUCCCUUUGGACGGUGUUUCAUGUGAGCCUGGUAUGAUCUGUCCUCAGUACUAUUUACACUGGAAGAAAAAAGGCCUGCCCAUUGGCAGAUGGUAUCCUUAUUCGACUUGGCUUCCUUUGGGAGAGGCUAACUGUGUGGCAGUAUGUCAGAUGGGAACGAGUCCUGCAUGUUCAGAGAUGGAGCCGAGUUUGUGGCCUGCAUCUUUCACACAUUCGAGGAAUGGUCAGGACUAGGACCCCUGGAAGACUAUCUGAGCUAUCUGGAGUACCUGGCCUGGGUUUUCACCCCUCUGGUCGUUGUUUUCAUCCUGCCCUUCCUCAUUGUGAUCCUCCUCUACCUCUCCAUACUCUUCCUCCAUGUGUACAAACACAAGAACCAGCUCAGGGAGGCCUACUCCAACAACCUGUGGGAUGGUGCUAGGAAAACUCUGGCAACGUUGUGGGAUGGCCACGGGUUCAUAUGGCACGGAUAUGAAAUCCAUGGUAUGGAGAAGAUUCCCGAUGAAGGAGCAGCUCUUAUAGUCUAUUAUCAUGGGGCUAUUCCCAUCGACUAUUAUUACUUUCUGGCAAAGGUCCUCAUUCAGAAGGGACGGAUAGUUCACUCAGUCGCUGAUCACUUUCUGUUCAAAGUUCCAGGGUUCAAGCUGCUGUUGGAGGUGUUUAGUGUGAUCCAUGGGCCCCAGCAAGAGUGUGUGAAGGCACUGAAAAGUGGCCACCUCCUGGGCAUCUCACCUGGAGGCGUGAGGGAGGCGCUCCUCAGUGACGAGACCUAUCAACUGCUCUGGGGGAAGAGAAAGGGCUUCGCACAAGUGGCUAUCGAUUCCAAAGUGCCAAUAAUUCCCAUGUUUACUCAAAACGUCAGGGAAGGAUUCCGAUCUCUCGGCGGGUUAAGCUUUUUCAGAUGGUCGUAUGAAAAAUUCCGCGUGCCGAUGGCCCCCGUCUAUGGGGGUUUUCCUGUGAAGUUUCGUACAUACUUAGGUGACCCCAUCCCAUAUGACCCUAACAUUGGUGCAGCAGAGUUAGCUGAAAAGACCAAUCAAGCAGUUCAAGCACUCAUUGACAGACACCAAAUUAUUCCUGGGAAUGUCCUUCGAGCACUACUAGAGCGAUUCCACAGCAGGCAUAAAGAAAAAUAGCCAUAAGGAAUAUCAUUUUUGUUGUUGUUAUAUGAAGCAGUUACAUAUUUUUUAAGACACUGUUACAUAUUGAAAGUAUUAUCAUGUGAUCAGUUGAAUGGUUAACUACAGAUUUGGAUCUUAAUUUGAGCCAGUCUCCUAUAGCAGGAAAAUAAUCCUGUAGAUUAUAAUUAAUGGACAUUUUUGUAGCGGUUGAUACAUUUUUCAUAAGGAAAAUCAAGUUUGAAAUUUCAAAGUGGAAAUUACGAACUUCAGAAGCCUUUUUAACCUCAUACACUACAAACUUCUCCUACAAUAGGCUGAUCAAAUUAAGGUCCUGCACCUAUACAUUAUUAUUGUAGGUGUACCUUCAGGAGCUUUUUGCACUCAGAUUUUGUCACAAAACAAUAUGUACCGAAGGUAAAUUGUUACGGUAUAAUACACCGUAAUUGGUUAAUGUCAAAUGUGCAUAUUGAAAUUGUAUAGUGUUUUUUGUGCAAGUAUGUAGAUACUUUGAUUCAACAAUUGAUUUGCACACAUUGUUCUAAAUUCCACCACUGCCAACAAUUUCUAUUUAAGAGGCCUUUAUUUUGAUUAAUAACUGCAAAUAUUGAAACGAUAUAGCAAUUGCUAUAUAAGAAGCAAUACAGGUAUGAAGACCGGGCAGCUUUAUUUCCUUUCACCUGGGUAAAAUGUUUGAAAUUUUAUUUAAAUAAUUUUGUAAUUUCCCCCCAAAAAUGCAUUGUGGAAUUAUGUAAGUAUGUACUGUAGUUGUAGCCUAUGCACCGUUUUAAAAUCUAUUGAGGUCCAUUAUGAAACAGGACAGAAAUUAUUUGUAAUGUUAAAAUAAAUAUAUUUUAUUAUGA